AUGAUUCCUACCCGGAUAUGCCGGCUUACAACCCUGGCAUUUACAACAACCUCGUUUGCUCUUAGCAACGCGGCUUCAUCGGAUGGAUUCGGCCCAAGCCUCGACAGCGCCCGCGAGAACGGGCCGCAAAUAUUCAACGCCCUUCACAAUGCGAUGCGAGAAUUUGGUUCCGCUAUACAUCACAAUGGGAUGUCAGUAUUCCCCGGAGUCAUACCCGAGGGUGUGAUCUUAUAUCAUGGAACUGGCACCACAGAGGUACCUAAGGGGUUUGAAUGGCUUGCAUUCGAAAUCGAGCACGCGGAAGCCUUCUCUCGCUGUCAGAUCAAACUCCCGGAUGACGGUGAUAGGAAUCCCGGCUCGGAUUCCUCACAGUUCGUUAUGCGACAUCCACCACCACCGGACAAACCCUGGAAACCAGUAUGCAUCCCCUACCCCGAUGGGGGCCACUUGCACAUUUACCAGGCUGCACGACCUCUGAAUGUCCUUUAUAUCGAUGGUAUGGCGGCCGGAAAGACGCAAAUGGGUACAAUUGAUACCCAGGAUAUCUUGCUAGCAACCAACAGAAGCCGAUCCGUGCUUGACGACUGGGGAAGGGCGGAUGGCUUAUGUGCGCUGGCUCGGAAGUGGAAAAUUGACGGAUUUAUACGUAUGGAACCUGGGUUCGAGAUUAUAUAUUGCGAUUUCACGAAUGGCCUAAGGCUCCUAUCGGCCAACCGACGGCCGAAGCCAGACGACCCCAGUGAACAGGAUGACGUGCAACUCAUGGUAUUUGAGUGGGCGAGGGCAGCUGCUCAACGGUACCAGGGCAUCGGUUCGUCGCGCGUCAUACUUGAUUAUUCCUCAAUGGUCUCCGGUUUCUUCUACCCGAUCAAUUUGACAAACCCGAAUCCAGAGAGGCCGGAUCUACCCAGAUUAGUGCAAGCUAGCGAUGCAGAAAUAGAUGUUGUGCGGGAACACGUUGGCGACGCGGUUGCACGAUCGGUAUCGUCCCGGAAAUACCCCGUAGGUUGGCAGGGAGUAACAGAUAUGAUCGUUGCUCGAUAUUCCAAACGGUUGCCCUUUCUUGCCCAGACGAACUCGAUCGAAAUCAUAAGAAACGAUAUAAAUGGCCUCCUAAACAUCUUCAUCGAUUAUGCAGAGCCCGACGACGGCUUCUUAGCUGCGCGGAAACGCUGCGCAAAUUUCUACCUCCAAUCCGCGCACGGGCGAACAUUAGAGGAUGAGCUCAUAUACGCCGCGGUCGAGCAAACCACUGCCAUGAUCUGCACGGCGCUUUUCAAGGUGCGGGAGCUUGUGGUCGAAGACCCUGAUGCCGACAAGCGGUUGGCCGUGGAAAAAGCAAGGCAGAUUAUCCGCGACCUAAUAGAAACACUAGCGUGGCCGGAGUGGAAGGAAUGCGGCCGCUGCCAGCCGGACGAGCUGUGCUUCGUAGCGAUGUGGCCCUUCGGAAACGUCGAAGAUCAUUACAACCCCAGCUGCGUGAACUUCUCCUCUAUCCUCGGCCGCUCUAAUUACUGGAAGGACCUGCCACCCCAGCCACCCCAGCUCUGGGCGACUGAGCAACAAAGUGAGAAAGACGAUGGCUUGGGCAUCGAGGAGCUAUGA